UUCGUGGUUACCUAUCGAAGCUUUACAUAUUUAACGAAUGACGGGAAGAGAUCGAAAAUCUUCAAUGCAUAAAUUUAUUGUUGGAGGAUGGCUGUACGCUUGGCGUCCGACACAAUUCGCACAUUGUACGCUAUCCAGUGUAUCACAAAGGACAUAAAGCAUCGGUCACAAUCUCCGGUUUACAAGAACAAAACUCAAGAGCUGUGUAAAGUAGGAGAAGUUGGACAAAUUUCAGCUAAGUCAUCGUCUAUUUCUAUGUCAGACACGCCGUCGUCAGAAAAUUCACAUCGAUCUGAGAAACAGCGCGCUAAUACAUCGAGCGAAACUGCGCUGGUGCACAAAGUUCAUCGAAACGAUCGUUCCCUGCGUAACAACGUACCAGAACGAGCAAAAUGCCAGGAGCUCGACGAUAUCUUAGCAAAAUGGAACGUGUACAGCGCGAAAAAAUAAUAUUUUUAAACGUAUUUUGUUUUUGAUAACGAGUUUAUUAGUCCCGAUACCAUUCAUCGACUGAAAUGUGAAUUUUGUGACGGAAAAUUGUCUAAAAACACGAAUAAUUCCUACGAAAAUGUAAUUCUAAUUAGUAAUUAUUAAAAUUGUAAUUACGAUAGAUCUCGUGAGUUGAAAAACAUUUAAAGAUGUCCAGCAAGUACGUCAAGUUAGGAGAUCUGUAUUAUAAAUUGUAUGUACAUACUUAAUUCUAUGGGAAUGUAAUGAAUAUAUUUUUUAAUACACUGUUUAUUUUAAUGACCGGC